GCGUCACAACUUUUACCCCAAGUCAGGGCGGGCACUUCCCGUCAGUCGCCAACAGGCAACUCAGGAGUUUCCAGGGGCAGGGCCUCCACUUCCUCCUAGUGACGUGCACCAGAUUGAGAUUUAAAGGCGUGUUGAGGCGUGUAGCGGCAGUAUUGCUCAGAACACCGCAGUGGUAACUGAACACCCUCAUCUUGCACGCGGCGAGGCCAACAACGUGUGAGUCCUUGUCUGCUUUGGUCGCAGCUUCCACUCCUGCACCGUGAUCUACCAGUGGCGCCGUGGUGCUGCAGGAUUCUGUCGCCUCAGAGCAUUUCGGCCACUCACGGGGUUGAGGCAUUGGUCAGUGGCGUCGGUGAUCGCUUGUCUGUCAACACUCGACUUGAACGCCAUCAGGAUGCGAGUUCUGGUGCUGCUGGCGGCGGCUACGGCCUGUAUGGGGAUGCCGGGCUUCUCGGACGUGCGGGGCGGGGGCCAGACCCUGCUGGGGGACAUCGUCCAGGAGUUCGGUCUGGACGUUUCUGUUGAGCUGCAACGGGGCGGCACGAUGGCCAUCUCGCCUCUCAGCAUCAGCUCCCUCCUCUCCGUGCUGAUGAUGGGCACCGAGGGCCGGUCUAACCUUGAGCUACGUCGCGCCCUACGCAUCCCUGACAACAUGAGUGAGGAGGAUGUUCACCAGGCCUUCAAGGGGCUGAUGGAGACACUUACUAGGACUGGCCCAGACGUCACCCUCAAUGUCGCCAACGGCCUCUUCCUACAGACAGGGUCAGGCAUUAUCAACGAGUACACGCAGAAGGCCCGCACCCACUACAAAAGUGUGGUGCACGCGCUCAACUUCCGAAACAACUCCGGCCAGGCAACCCACGACAUCAACCAGUGGGUGAAGCAGUCCACCAACGGCAUGAUUCCAGAGCUCUACACGCAGCCCCUCAGCCCUGACACAACCUUCGUGGCUGUCAACACUGUCUUCUUCAAUGGCAAGUGGCACACGCCCUUCCUCCCGAUCUACACCACCGAGCAGGAAUUUGACACGGGCAACGGCAUGAUCAAGGUGCCCAUGAUGAGUGGCACGGUGCCCGUCGACUACAUCGUCAUCCCUGAACUAGACGCCCACAUGGCCGCCUUCCCCUACAAGGGAGGCCGCCAGUCUAUGUUCAUCAUCCUGCCCAAGGGCCCUGUCACGUCCGACCUGGAGCCGCUGGAGCAAGAGCUAUCCGCCGAGAGGAUCAACGGACUCAUCAGAAACAUGACCACGGUGGAGAUGCGGGUGUGGGUGCCAAGGAUGCGCCUCAGCUUCAAGUCACAACUGAAGAACACCCUCAUCAACCUGAGGGUACGCUCCAUCUUUGACCAAAGCACAGCAAACUUCACCCGGCUGUCCAGGGAGCCCGUGUUCGUGGACAGCAUUGUGCACGAAACCGUCAUCGAGAUCACCGAGGAGGGCACAAAGGCUGCCGCCGCCACCGGCUCAGACCUCAACAGGAUGGGUUCCUCGAGAAUCUUCGUCGUCAACCGGCCGGCGAUCAUAUUCAUCCGCGACAUGGAGUCCGGAAUGCCGCUCUUCUGGGCCAAGCUGGUGAAGCCCGAGCCCAUCAGGACUGCUGCCGACGCGACGGCCUCCAGCACUCCUUUCUAGUCCCGAACACCGUAACGCCUUCCAUAUCUUCCUUCCAGUCCUGAGCCCCAUGACACCUUCCAUGACUCCUUCCCAUCCUUGACACCAUGAGUGAAGAGAGAGUCCCGCGUGUGAGCCCUGCGAGCGGGGCGUGUGAAAGGCCGAGUGGUUGUGGACCUAUCUAGUGUGCCAGUCUGUCUAUAUGUUCGAUAAUCUAUAUGUGUGUCUGUUAUCUGCCUGUUGUCUGUCUGUAUUUGUCUCCGUGUUUGCAAUGUAUGAAAGUGUCUGUAUAUCGAUCUGCUCGUGGGUCAUUAUGUAUGUCUAUUGGCCAGUCUGUUUGUCGGUGUCUCUCUCGCUCUCGGACAUUACCACUCUAUAGUAAAUUGUGAUGAACUUGUAUAUUUAUUAUAGCUAUUUAAAAGAUUAUAAAAUUACUAUCAAUCGAA